GCAAGGCGGCGUAAAUGCGGGAUGUCGCAAUCUCAUGUGAGGGGGGUCAGACCACCCCUCAGGGCGACGGCAUUUAAGGCUCUUGUUGCACUUCCGGCUGCUAUAGAUAUCCUUCCAUUCUGCAGCCCAGGCUUUCAUCUCACGCUCAUAUAUAACCUCCUUAAGAGAAAAACACUCAGAUCUGAAAUGGCGUCCGCAAACAUCAAUGCUGCUGACCUCUUCAGCGUCAAAGGCCUUAUUGCCGUCGUAACCGGUGGGGGUACUGGUAUCGGACUCAUGAUUGCACAAGGACUCGAAGCAAAUGGUGCAACUGUGUACAUUAUUGGCCGCCGGAAGGAAGCUUUGGAGAAAGCAGCCAGCACCGCAAAACAUGGCAAUAUCCGCAUUAUCCAAGGUGAUAUCACUCAAAAAAGUGACCUUGAGCGAGCUGUUUCCCAAAUCAAAGAGGCCCACGGGUAUGUCAACGUUGUCAUCGCCAACUCGGGAAUAACAGGCCCGACGCUCCAGGGCCUACCUGCGAACCCAACGAUCACUCAGUACCGUGACUUCAUACUCGGCUGGGACCAGAAAGACUUCACGGAGACUUUCGCCGUCAACACCACGGGCGUGUUUUUCACUGUGGCAGCAUUCCUUGAACUGCUUGACGAGGGCAACAAACGCGGCAACUUCAAACAGAGGAGUCAAGUGAUUGCGACAAGUAGUAUCGGCGCUUACAACCGCCAACCGAUGGGAUUCGCCUAUGGAGCAUCGAAGGCAGCCGUGGUACACAUGCUCAAGCAACUAAGCACGGUUUUAGUACCCUUCAGCAUCCGCGCAAAUGUGAUUGCACCAGGAUUCUACCCGAGUGAAAUGACUACAGGAAUGUUGAAAUCGCACAGUGGCGGCUGGGAGAAGUCAGUCAUUCCGGAGGAGAGGGUUGGAGAUUUGGAGGAUAUGGCUGGUGCGGUACUCUUCAUGGUCAGUAGAGCGGGCGCAUACACCAAUGGCAAUGUGCUUGUCACGGACGGUGGAAGACUGGGCGUGGUGCCAUCGAGCUACUAGGCUCUCGAAGAAUCAAACCUCGGUUCGCUUGCCCGAGCGAAUCAUCUCCGGCUUGUGUCUAGUCGAAUGCCAGGCUUGCCGAAUGCGAAACUUGUCGAACGCGCUGUACGCAUCAAGUAUAACUUGUAUUCCGUAUGAGCUCAUUAAAAGAAGCCACUAUAUUCCUAUCCGUGUCACACCUACUCCGCCCAUGUGAGAGCCAGUCUUUAUGAGUUGCUCCAUUCUUACUGAGUCCAAGUUGUCAUUUCAACUUACCUUGGGU